UCUUAUUUUCAACCUCUCUAUUUUAGUAGUAAAUUGUGUAGUGUAGGCGAGAGAAUUAUGGGUCGUCGCAAAAUUGAAAUUGUGAGAGUGAAAGACUCUGCUGCGAGGCAAGUCACAUUCUCCAAGCGUCGAACAGGCUUAUUCAAAAAAGCAAAUGAGCUUGCCAUCUUAUGUGGGGUUGAAAUUGCUGUUGUUGUGCUCUCACCAGGGAAUAAGCUUUACUCGUUUGGAAAUCCGAGUGUUGAUAGUCUUGCGUCGAAGUUUCUUCAGAAAGAGUUCAAUCCAAAUCAUGUGUUAGAAAAUUCUUCUUCUAACAUAGAGGAUCUGAAUCAACAACUUGAUGAUGUUCAAGUUGAAAUAGAUGAGGCUGAAAAGAAAGCUAAGGUUCAUGAUGAGAUCCUAAAUAAAUACAAAGAGGUCCAAUGCACUCAACUCAAUGAAUUGAAAGAUUCAUUUAUAGAGUUUAAGGGUAUGGUGAAAUCGCGUAUUUGUGAUUUUGAUAUAUCAGAAUCUAUGAUGCUUCUUGCAAAGGAACCGGUAUUUAGAAUUAAAAACUAAGUCGCAAAUAGAAAGGAAAAAGUAUUAAUUUAUAAAAUGGUAUCAAGCAAAG